AUGUCUUCUACCCUCAGCGAUCCCCUGCUCCCACUUAUCGCCUGCGGGCUUUCACCUGCCUACGCUCAGCAAGUUGUUUCUUGUGCAGACGCCAACUAUAGCGCCAUUUUAUCUGAACCCGACUACUACAUGGAAGAGUACUGGGGUGAUAGUCUCAGCGAAGAAUACAACUACCCUAGUGACGCGUCCGCCCUCCGUGCCGCACUGGUUGAACUGGGUUUUCAGCCCGCCUUGAUAGACAAGGACUAUAUGCCGUAUAUUAAGUCUCUAAGCCCCGCCUCUCUCUCCCAUCGUAAUUCGCCAAACUACGGGAAGAUGAUUCUGGAAGGUCGUUUCAGGCGGUUGAAGAGCGGGCAGUUGGAGUUACUGGACGCCGCCUCUGACCCCGAAACGCCCUCCACAGAAUUCGACUCCGCCAACCCCACCGCCCCAGCGCUCAGUUCCGAUGAAGCGAAGGCGCUGUACCCCCUCCACUGCGCGAUCGGAACCACCAAGGAUCCCUCUAUCACCCAGCUUAUCCGAGUCGCGUACAAUAUCGAUGCGGGCAGUAUCAGGAAGCGCGACGAUAGUGGGCUGACGCCCGUGCAUGUAGCCGCUGCGAGUUGGAACGUGCAUGCUCUCCGUGUGUUAUUGGCGCUCGACCCGAGUGGGAUAGCCGAGGAUUUGAAGGACGCGGGGAAUAGGGACGCGAUGACGCCGCUUGAGGCGCUGAGGUUUGUCAUGCGUGCGACAAGGGAGUCCAGCGAGACGCUGUUGGGUGCGUGGGACGGCCAUUCAGACAGGGAGCUGCUCUGCGAGUAUCUCGUGAAGAAGGCUAUGGGGUUGCCGCUUGGGCUGGGGGAAGAGACCGAAGAGGAGUAUCUCAAGAAGAGGAAGUUUGGGUGUACAUGUGGGGCAUGCACGGGUGGGUGGCUGUCACGCAGGAUGAAGUUCCGUCUGUCUGCUCAAGCGGAUAUUCAAUAUGACAUGCUCCAUAUGGACAUCUACCUCUUCAAAUCCAACCUCCCCGUCACUGCUGUCGAGCUCCUCCACGUCGCGCUGGACUACAUCCCACCCACCGUCCGGCGGCAAAUCCACAAGACCUUCUACAUCGGGUUUUACACGAUCUUCCUCCUCGCAGAGGCGCUCGCGCUCGACGCCAGAGCCGUACAGUUUUAUAUGGGCAAGGGGGGGAGGGUGGAGUACGCCCUCGAUGUGACGAUGGAUAUUGCAAAGAAGGAGUCGGUGCUUGGGGAUGGGUCAUUCAAGGAGACGUUUGAUAGGAAUGAAGCUGAAGGGGAGGAAGGCGAGGAAAGGAGGAAUAUCGGGCUUGGGGAGCUUGUUUGUGGGCCUUAUAUGGAUAGCGACGAGGAUGAGGACGGGAUGGAUGUUGAUGAUUGGGAUUGA